AUGUCGGAACCAAAGUACCUCACAGGCGACAUUGCGGCCAUCAAUGAGUUUAUCGAUCGAUUUGAUGUAUGCAAGAAGAUUGUUUUCGUUACCAAUAACUCGACCAAGUCUCGGGACCAGUACCUUCAGAAGUUUACCAAGCUGGGCAUUCCCUCCAAUACGGAAGAGAUUUUUGGCUCAGCCUACUCCUCUGCGAUUUACAUCUCUCGCAUACUGAAGCUUCAGCCACCAAAAAACAAGGUUUUUGUGAUUGGAGAAGCAGGUAUCGAAAACGAGCUGCGCAGCGAGGGCAUCCCCUUCAUUGGCGGCACCGACCCAGCUUUUCGGAGGGACUUUACGCCUGAGGAUUGGCAGGGCAUCGCUGACGGCUCUCACUUGGACCCGGACGUCGCAGCUGUUCUUGUAGGGCUCGAUUUCCACAUCAACUACCUUAAGCUGGCACACGCUCACCAAUAUUUGCGGCGUGGGGCUCUAUUCCUUGCCACCAACGUCGAUUCUACUUUCCCCAUGAAUCACAACUUCUUCCCAGGUGCCGGCUCAAUGAGUGCCCCGCUUGCCUUCAUGAUCGGGCAGCAGCCUCUUGCGCUAGGUAAGCCCAGUCAGGCGAUGCUGGAUGCUGUGGAGGGCAAGUUUCAGCUUGAUCGGGCGCGCACCUGCAUGGUGGGCGACCGGCUGAAUACAGACAUCAAGUUCGGCAUUGAGGGGCGUUUGGGUGGCACGCUUGCUGUAUUGACGGGUGUCAACAAGAAGGAGGACUGGGAGAAGGCAGAUGCGGUCGCUGUCCCAGCUUAUUAUGCAGAUAAGUUGAGCGACUUGCUGGCGGCAAAGCAGUAG